AUCGCAUGAUGGCGUGGUUGGCGAGGUCCCUUUCCGCCGCCACCAUGGCCGCCGCCGACGACGAUCCUGAAGCCAUGGCCGGCCACCAUGAGAGCUACGACACAAACCUUGAGAAACGAGGAGGAGAAGAAGGAUCGGAGUGCUCCACCCGUGGAGUCAAAGAGGACCUCUCGGAGCUCACCAAAGCCCUAUCGCACCAGUUCUGGGGCGUCGCCUCCUUCCUCGCACCGCCGCCUUCCUAUACCUCCGCCGUUUCAAUGCCCUCCUGCCAUUCGGACCCAGCUGAGGUCUCAGAGUCACAGCGAAUCGCCGGGAUCCGGAGCGAUUUCGCGGAGAUCAGCGGGAGGUUUAGGAGCGGGAUCUCUAGGAUCUCCAGUAACAAGGCAGUCACUGAGAUAUCGAAGAUCGCAUCUAGUUUUCUGCCCUUUGGCUCCGAUGAUUCAGAGGACGAGCUUGGAACGAGUGAGGGAGGCUGGGCGAUUGGGGUUACUGCUGAGGUGCUUGCGUUCGCCAGGAACAUUGCGAUGCAUCCGGAGACAUGGCUGGAUUUCCCUUUGUACGAGGAUGAAGAAGAACCCGAUGAACUAGAAUUUGUGGUAUUAUUGAUAAUGAGAUUCCAUGUUAAAGUAUUAAGUCGUGUUUUGGAUUUCAUGAUUUUUGACAUGUCUGAUGCCCAAGAAGAGCAUGCCUUGGUUGUUCAGCAUCAUGAACCAAGGCUGGCCGCUCUGAAAAUUGAGCUUUGCCCAACCCAUAUGAGCGAGGGAUGCUUUUGGAAAAUCUAUUUUCUGCUUUUGCAUUCCAGACUUAGUAAGCAUGAUGCUGAACUUCUAUCAACACGUCAGGUUGUGGAAGCCCGAGCAAGAUGGUUGCAAGAAUUGCAAAAUCAGGCAAGGCCAGAAUUAUUGAGAACCAGUAAAGGUUUAGCUUUCAAAAAUGAGGGUUUCGGUUCAUUUUCACCUGAAGAAAAAUUGUCAACACAAGGAUCAUCAAGCACUCUUUAUGCACAAAGACCCUUGUUGCCUGAAUUUGGAAAAGCCUCCAGUUUACCUAUCACUGACUUUGUGUCUGAAAAACACCCAACCGAGAUCAUGGGGAUAAAUAAUAGUAUUGAUAAGUCGGUGAUUAUGAAACAGUCACAAGUCCGAACUGGAAAUAAAUGCCUUCCUUGGAGUGCUUCCGAAAACUCUAUCCAUGAUGAUGAUGAUGAUGAUGAUGAUGAGUGGCUAGAAGAGGAGACUGGGGAAUGGAACAACUCACGUUCUAGGACUAUUACCUUAGGAAUUGAAGAUGUCUCCUUCAGUGAUCUUGAGGAUGAGGAUGAUACUUAGUGACAUUUAGUGAAGAU